CCGCAGUCUGCAGGCGCAGCGGAGAGACUGAGUCAUGACUAAAUAGAUAAUGGACGGAAUUUUUCCAAAGCUUUGACGCAAUUUGGACGUGUUUUUUGUUUAUGGUCAUGCGAGUGAACCCGUUUUCACAUCUGAAAAUGCGUCGACCGCGUCAGGGGAAUAUCGCUGUGAAUGUGGUCUCGUUGCUGUAUUUGGUCGGUGUUUUCGGCCUGCCCCUAGUCUCCUCCAUCACAGUGAGUACCCCAGCAGAACUCCAUGCAUCUAAAGGGGAUAUCGUCACACUGUCCUGCACUUUCACUUCCACCAGUAGGCCGACAAGUAAGAUGACUGUUGACUGGUCUUACAGGCCCCAGACUGGAGGGCCACCGGUGACAUUUUUCCACUUCUCUUCACGGGCGUUCCCUCCGCUCGAUGGUCAGUUUGCUGGCCGAAUAAAGUGGGAGGGGAUCCCAGCACGCGGGGAAGCCUCCAUCUUAUUGAUCAACGCCACGUUGAAAGAUAAUGGGACCUACACAUGCUCCGUCAGAAACCCCCCUGAUGUCCACGGGUCCCCGACUUCUUACACUGUACUCACUGUCACACCAAAAGCACCCAGCAUUCGCUUCUCUGAUGUUGCGGUCCUCCUCGCUUUCAUCCUCCUCCCUUCCGCCAUCAUCACCCUCAUUCUGAUUGGACGGAUGCUCUGUCCCAAGAAACAGAACAACCAGUCUAAGGUCUACAGAUCGCCUAUAGAGGUCACAGAGGGAGAGGAGUAUGGCUUCCACCCACCGGGGGCCAAAGAAAAGAGGGCCUCAUGCUGUGACCUAUAUAUGAUGGACUCGGAGGAUGAAGAUGGGUAUUACAGCCUAAAAAAGAGGCCUCCUCAGGAUGAAGGGUAUGCUGAGUCUCAGUGCUAGAGAACCCUGCUGGUGGGGAGAUGGAACUGCAACAUGUAGACAGGUGCCUCGUAGUGUGGGAGGUACUGAAUGGAAGUGCUGGAUUCAUGUCUUCGUUGCCACAUUCAACCCCUUACCAAGUCACUUUGGUGAUGUUUACUUUUUGUGCUUACCCCUUUGGAAUAAUACUUUUUGUCUUGACAUGAUUUGAAUUAUGCAUCUCCAGCACUAUAUUUACACUAUAAAUUGUGUCAAUAAUUUGAUUUUCCUUUUGCCUACAAGCUGCUACAUUUUCAAGGCCGAGGUUAGAGGUCUAAAUCCCUAAAUUUUAGAGCUUGUAGUCUUGAUGAGAUAUUAUUUGUUUAUUCUGUCUUUACAGGUAAGCAGCUGCUGAUUCUGUCAGCUACCAACUGUGCAUGCAAUCACAAACAGAUGAGCACUAUGUAUAUUUAUAUCUUGAUGAUUUAUAUGUGUCAGGUUCUUAUUGUGAAGGAGAUAGAUAUGUUUUGUCUAAUUUAUUGCCUGUGUCAAUGUCUUUUUUUGAGCUGCAGUGGAACAUUUCUGAUAUCCUUAAUAUUUGGACAGAAAAUAAAAUAUGGUUUCAUUUUGAAUGUAAAAUACACCCACCUAGUACUAUUUAAACAGUAUUUCCUAUUUUUUUAAGUGCCUGUACAUUGCUGUACCGUGUCAUCAACAUCAGCAGUAAAUGUGUGUCACCUUACUGCUCAGCAUAUUUUGGGGGUGUCUGAGUUUGUAUGUGGUCUUUCAUGGAUGUGUUUAUUACAUGUAAUUCUGUCUUUGUUUGAAGUGCAUAGCUUUCCUUUGUUAAUUAUUUUUUGGCAACAUUUUUGCCUAAAUAAAUAGUUGAAGAGCA